ACGGUAAGGUAAAGGGAGGGAGGAAGGGGGUGAGCGGGGAGUUUGAAUGCUGGACGGGCAGGUUACCUGUGAAGGGUCUGCUCCAAGGGGGGUAUGGACGGGCAGGGGUUUGGGGGUUUGGAUCGAGACGGGAACGGCAUUGACUACAGCACCAUCGUGGGGGAUAUGGAGAGCCUGAAGGCCUGCACCGAGCAGCUGCUUCACAGCCCAAUCAGCGGAGCCCAUCACCACCUUCACGGACACGAGACUGCUGCCCAGCGCUACAGUGCCACCAGGAUACAGGCUGGGUACGAGCCAGAGAGUAUGGCUGACUACCUGAUUAGCGGAGGGACAGGUUAUGUUCCUGAGGAUGGCCUCACAGCUCAGCAGCUCUUCGCCUGCGCCGAUGGCCUCACCUACAAUGAUUUCCUGAUUCUUCCCGGGUUCAUUGACUUCUCAGCCGAGGAGGUGGACCUGACCUCUGCCCUCACCAAAAAAAUCACUCUGAAGACCCCACUAAUCUCCUCUCCCAUGGACACAGUGACCGAGUCCAGCAUGGCCAUCGCCAUGGGGCUGAUGGGGGGCAUUGGAAUCAUUCACCAUAACUGUACUCCCGAGUUCCAGGCCAACGAAGUACGGAAAGUGAAGAAAUUCGAGCAGGGGUUCAUCACGGAUCCCGUGGUCAUGAGUCUCCACCACACGGUCGCCGACCUCUUCGAAGCCAAGAUGCGCCACGGAUUCUCCGGCAUUCCCAUCACGGAAACGGGAAAGAUGGGAAGCAAGCUGAUGGGUAUCGUUACCUCCCGGGAUAUCGACUUCCUCUCCGAGAAAGAUUACGACAUUGCACUGAGUGAGGUGAUGACAAAGAGGGAAGAUUUGGUGGUGGCCCCGGCUGGUGUGACACUGAAAGAGGCCAAUGAGAUCCUCCAGCGCAGCAAGAAAGGAAGAAGCAACAAUGGACAGUCACAAAGCACGGAGCGGAGUGGAAUAGAGCGUGGGAGCGGGCCACCAGCAGAAGGAUUGCACUUCCCGCUCAACACUGCCGGGAAGCUGCCAAUAGUGAAUGACGCUGACGAACUGAUCGCCAUCAUCGCAAGGACUGACCUAAAGAAGAACCGUGACUAUCCUCUGGCCUCCAAGGAUUCCCGCAAACAGCUGCUGUGUGGGGCGGCCAUUGGCACCCGAGAAGACGACAAGUACCGGCUCGACCUGCUGGUGCAGGCGGGGGUGGACGUCAUCGUACUGGAUUCAUCCCAAGGAAACUCGGUGUUCCAGAUCAACAUGAUCCAUUGCAUCAAACAGAGAUACCCCGAACUGCAAGUGGUGGGCGGCAACGUGGUAACAGCAGCCCAGGCCAAGAACCUGAUUGACGCUGGAGUGGACGCGCUCCGUGUGGGGAUGGGCUGUGGCUCCAUCUGCAUCACUCAGGAAGUCAUGGCGUGUGGCAGACCGCAGGGCACAGCGGUGUACAAGGUGGCAGAGUAUGCCCGGAGGUUCGGGGUCCCGGUGAUCGCGGACGGCGGCAUCCAGACCGUGGGACACGUGGUGAAGGCGCUGGCGUUGGGAGCCUCAACAGUCAUGAUGGGCUCUCUCCUGGCCGCCACUACAGAAGCCCCCGGAGAAUAUUUCUUCUCAGAUGGUGUGAGGCUGAAGAAGUAUCGGGGGAUGGGCUCACUCGACGCCAUGGAGAGGAACACCAGCAGCCAGAAACGCUACUUCAGCGAAGGCGAUAAGGUGAAAGUGGCGCAGGGUGUCUCAGGCUCGGUCCAGGACAAGGGAUCCAUCCACAAGUUUGCUCCUUACCUGAUCACAGGCAUCCAGCACGGCUGCCAGGACAUCGGAGCCAAGAGCCUGUCCAUACUACGGUCCAUGAUGUACUCAGGAGAGCUCAAGUUUGAGAAACGAACCAUUUCUGCUCAGGUUGAAGGAGGUGUACAUGGUUUGCACUCGUACACAUUUCUACCAUUUACGAAAAGCGUCUGUUCUGAAGGUGGAGGAGGGAGCCGAGGGUCUCAGUGUUUGGCUCCCAGCAUCCCCACCCCCAUGGCAAUCACGCACACACGACACGUCUGACCAUCCACCCCCCCCAGGGAUGGGGGGGAGAUGCACACACCCAAAGGGGCAACCCUCUUUCCCACCAACAAUCCCCAUCCCAAUAGCAAUCAAUCCCACCUCACGUGUCUGACAAUCAACCCCACUCCACACACCUGACCACCGAGCUCCCCAACCGGGGGGGGGGGAGACACAAACACACACACAGAUAGAGGGCAACUCCCCCUUCCCACACCCACCAGCCACCCCCCACUCACCUUCACCGGCUCCUGACACUUAACCUCAACCUAAACCAUUGGAGACUGAGAGGCUGCGGAGAGGAGAGAAACGUGGUAAUGAAGCUACAAGCCGGUGUGGUCGGGAGCAGGAGUCCUGAAGCCCAGGCUGGGAACGUGCUGCUCUGUCCCGGCUCGGCUCAGAUACUCAGAGAUUAUUCCGUUAAUGAUUUUUUUUGCCAGAAUUGUUUUUUGUUGCUGUUUGUUGUUUUGGAAAGAGGUUAC